CUCCUGAGCUUUGAAAAGAAAGAAAGGUGACGCGGAGAACAGAAAAAGAGAGAGCUUAAAAAGAAAAAGCUAAAAAGCUUGGAGUUGCAGAAAUGGUGAUCCAGAGAUUUGAGAUGUGCAUACAACUACUGAGACUGGCUAUGGAGUUUAUUAUCGCUGUAGCUGAAGCAAUUGGAAUUGUUAUUGAGCAGAACACCUCUCAUCAUCGUCUCCCAAGCCACCCUUAUGCUGCUUCUGUUCCUUUUGUUGGUCUCCUUCCAUGACAGCAGCUUCAGGUUUCUUCAAGAAUUUCUAUAUUCGCUGUUUCAGGUUGGUUUCUUCUUCUUUUUGCCUUCGUGCAUGGCUAUGGAGUUCUCCUCCUGGUUUUCUUCGAGAAAUGGCAAAUUUCUAUCUGGGUUUUGGGAAGGUUCGUUGUUAGAAUUAUUUGUACAUAUGAAAGAGAUAUUUUAUAGUUUGUGAUUAAAGAUAUGUAAUUCUUUGUUAAUUCAGUUUUGUGAUUAUUUCUUCUGGUUCA